AUGGAGCUGUCUAUCUGUCUACCGUCAUGGAGCUGUCUAUCUAUCUAUCUACCGUCAUAUAUCUAUCUAUCCAUCGUCAUAUAUCUCUCUAUCCAUCGUCAUAUAUCCAUCUAUCUGUCGUCAUAUAGCUAUCUUCGUAUCUAUCUAUUAUUAAAUAUUCUAUCAUUCUUUCAUUAUUAUUUCUUUUUGUUUCUCUUCUUUUUAUCUUUUCGUUCUUUUUCUUUUUCCUUUUCUUUCUUUAAUUAUAUUUCAUUCUUUCUUUUUUCAUUCAUUUGUCUUUGUUUCAUUUUCUUUGUUUCAUUUUUUCUUUCGUUUUUUCUUUCGUUUUUUAUUUCGUUUUUCUUUCUUUCGCUAUUCUUUCUUCUUUCUUCUCUCUUUCUUCUUUUUUCUUUCUUUUCAUUUCUUCUUUAUCCUCUUUCUUUAUCUUCUUCUGUCUUUAUCUUUUGUUUCUUCUUUCGUCUUUUUAAUCCUUCUACUUCUUCCUUCCUUUCUUUCUUUCUUUUCUUUGUUUAUUUCUUUGUUCCUUCUUUGUUUGUUUCUUUCUUUUCUUUGUUUAUUUCUUUGUUUCUUUUCUUUUUCUUUUUUCUUUCUUUCUUCUUUUUUUCUUUUUCUUCUUUUUCUUUCUUUCUUCUUUUUCUUUUUUCUUCUUUUUCUUUAUUUCUGCUUCUUUCUUUAUUUCUUUUUUCUUUCUUUUUCUUUUUUUCUGUCUUCUUUCUUUUAUGUCUUCUAACUUUUAUGUCUUCUUUCUUUUCUUUAAACCUUUUUCUGUCUUUCUUUCUUUCUUUCUUUCUUUCUUUCUUUCUUUCUUUCUUUCUUUCUACAUGA